ACGCGGAUCCGGGCGGGGAUGGGGCUGGCCGGGCUGCUCGCCCUCGGGCGCCGCGCGGGGCCGGCGCUUAAAGGGGCGUCGGGAGCUGCCACAGCAGCCCAGAGCUUCUCUGGCGCGUCGGUUCGGACCCUGCGCAGCGCACCUGCAGCCAUGGCCCCGAUCAAGGUGGGUGAUGCCCUUCCAUCCGUGGAGGUAUUUGAGGGAGAUCCAGGCAAGAAAGUGAACUUGGCAGAGCUGUUCAAAGGCAAGAAGGGGGUGCUCUUUGGGGUUCCUGGAGCUUUCACGCCAGGCUGUUCCAAGACCCACCUGCCUGGAUUUGUGGAGCAGGCUGAAGCCCUGAAGGCCAAGGGGGCCGAGGUGGUGGCCUGUCUCACUGUCAACGAUGUCUUUGUGGUCAGUGAGUGGGGCCUGUCACAAAAGGCUGCAGGGAAGGUUCGGCUUCUGGCUGACCCCACGGGGGCCUUUGGGAAGGCGGCAGAGCUGCUCCUGGAUGACUCCCUCGUGCCCCUGUUUGGGAACCAUCGUCUGAAGAGGUUCUCCAUGGUGGUGCAGGAUGGCGUUGUGAAAGCCCUGAACGUGGAGCCAGACGGCACAGGUCUCACCUGCAGCCUCGCCCCCAACCUCCUGUCGCAGCUCUGAAGCCUGAGCCCAGGGAGACAGCGCCAGCUGGCGUCCGAGCCCCCGCCUCUGGGGGCCCCUCUUGAGGCUCGCAAUAAAACAUGUCUGUUCGCUGA